AUUCCUGCCCGUCAGCUCAGCACGCACCACCUUAUCCGUUCACCUCACCACGAUAUACCAGCAAGGAACAGUGGGAGGAGUGAGAGCGUGAGUCGUAUCACAGCUGUCACGGGACAGGAGCGGCGCCCAGAAACAGAGAGUCAGCCGGUGGGAGUAGCUUUCGGUGUCCUAGUGACAGUGCUGAGAGUGGUGUUUCGCUGCCAGGUCGAAAUUGACUUUCGCAGUCCUCGCCUUACAGAUACUUCUCGUACCUCACAGUCCGGCUCAAAUCGUGACACGUGUACAUAAUUCCGCGCUUGAUUCCUCGCCGGAAGAGCCUGUUCUCGGCUGUAGGAGUCGACUGCGCUGGCCUGCCGGCAACAUCACAUUCACCACGUUCUUUCAUCGCAAUUUCCAUUAACAUCUUGGAGAAUUAUCCGCUCUUCUCUCUCCGUUCUUUCAUUCUUCUUGCCAAAUUAGUAAUUUCGUUUUGAGACGUUCCAUAACGAGAUUUGCCGGAUUCUUCAAGCACCAUCCGGAUCGUUCUCCUCAUCAUUAUCACGUUCGGCACUGUCACCCGUUACUGUCGCACCCUCGACGUCGCCCGCCAAUGGAUGCGAAGGUGCUGAGCUUCGGCGACGUGCUGCUGCGCGAGUGCGACGUCGCCACGCUGGAGCCGAGCCAGUGGCUCAACGACAAGGUCAUUGAGUUUUACUUCGAGUACCUCUCGCGCACUCUCCUCGGCGCCGGUUCCUCCGACGCCCCCGCUGCUGGUUCCGCCGCUGGCGCUGGCGUGAGCGCGGGUAGCAGCACCGCGGGGGGAGCAAGCAGCAGCAACGGUGCUGGUUCUGCUACUGCUGCUGGUGGUGCUGCUGCGGGUGGGGAGGGUAGCAGUGCCGUGCUGCUGGUGGGGCCGUCCGUUUCGUUUUGGCUGAAUAUCUGUCCGAGUGACGACGAUGUCACGGAAACCAUGGCUCCGCUGGGGGUGGAGGACAAGGAGCUCAUAGCUCUGGCAGUCAACGACAACAACGACCCCACACUCGCAGAGGCAGGCUCGCAUUGGAGUCUGCUGCUCUUCGUAAGGUCUCGCCGCCUAUUCCUUCAUUUUGACAGUGCCGGCUCUCACAAUCUCGAGGCUGCCAAGGGACUUGCUGAGAAGCUUCAAGCCCUCUUAGGUGUGUCUGUGACUCCUGAUACUUUCCAAUCCGCAUCUACACCACAGCAAUUGAACGGCUACGACUGUGGAGUGUAUGUACUCGCUAUAGCAAAGGCCCUCUGCGAGACAGCAUCUGCAUCAACCCCUGGAAAAGCGUCAGCAGAAGAACUGGAGAACGCAGCUAAAGGCGUGGAUGCUGCAGCUGUUACAAAGUUACGGGAAGAUGUGAAGCUGCUUAUUCGACACCUGGGGAAGCAAAGCGAGUGAAAUUCGUUCCAUUCCGCGUUCCCUCCAUUACAAAGUUACAAUUGCAGCAGGCAUGAAACCUCUGGUUCAGGAGCUAGCAGAAGGCUGCUCAAAGGGAAAGGAUCGAAGGACAGGACGAGACGGGGCACCAUUUUUUGCUCGAUGAACGGGGUUCUGGUCUGGUAUAUCCCUCGACUACGUAUCCGAGUGGCAAAGGGAAGAUGGACUUGACAUGAAUGCUAAUCUGCUGCAUUGAUUCAAUUCAUGCAUUCUAAUCCAGAAAUUCUGACGGAAUUAUGUGCAUUGUGUCAAAUGUAACUUAGGUCGUUACUGUAGACUAUAUUGGAUUGUGCCUUAGAGGGUACAACACCCUAGUCUAUAUAUCCUUGUACUCACAGAUUCUAGU